AUGUCGCGUCCUGCGGCGCUCUGGAGAUCGAUCUGCUCGAUCGAUCGACUUGUCGGAACCAUUUUCGGCCUCCCGUUCGGCACCGCCGCCCAUUCGUUUGCACCACCUCAGAGUGUUAUGGUAGACGGCACAGUCAGCCCCCAGGAACUCUUCCGAUACAUCGCUGUCAUCGCUGGCAAGGUUCAGGACAUUGACGAGAGCCACGUCUCUGGUCGUUCGCAGAACGAACUCGACCAAAAGGUGUGGAACGUGGAAAGCGAGCUCAAGACGCUCAUCAGCAUGACGCCGUCCGGCUGGUGGACUUCGAAGCCCGAACGCCUUGUUGACCAUGUGUUACAAUACUGGACGUACUACUUCACCAUACGAGCACACCUGCGGUUAGCACUGAGUGGUGGAUCCGAUUCACAACACACUUACAGCUCCAUGGCAUGCUUCCAGGCUUCCAGAGAGUUGGCGCAGCGCUAUGUCAAUCUUAGGGGUCUGCUACCCCCGGCGUUCUUUGCUGGGAGAGUCCUCGAUCUCCAGGCGCUUACCGGCGCUGUUGUACUCCUUUUCACCAGCCAACGGUCCAGCGCCCCAGAUGAAAGCGAGCCACCAUCCUCACAUCUUGUUCAGGGCAUCAUUCAGACGAUGGAAUCAGUGUCAAGCCACCCUACUGGAGUUUUCAGUCGGCAAGCUGCGCCCGCUCUUCGUGCCCUCAAUGAGCUUCUGAGCAAAUCUGAAAACGCGGACUCUGCAGGCCUGACGCUGCAGAUUCCAAUGCUCGGAAAGAUCAACGUCAGCAGACACGCCAAAGCGGCACAGCCUUCCGCAAGCGGGACACGGUAUGUCCAGGCACCGCGACCGACAUCUGUACCAUUUUCUGGGCAAGCCAUACCCGGCGCGAGUCAGGCGACGGAUUUCAGCGCUUCAGGCUUCGCAUCGGCUACUGACCAGAUCGACUGGUCGCUCAUGAUGGACUUGACCUUUCCAGGAGAUGCUAAUGGCAUUGAUCAGUGGAUGACGUAUGAUAGCUGGGACCCUACCGUUUUCUAG